UUCACGCUCUGUCAUGGCUGCGCGAGACAUAAACAUGCUAGUGGGUCUGUAAAUCAGAUCAGAAAACUGGUGCGAUGAUUAAAACAGCGGCCAUCACAGAUCGUUUUGACUUGUUUUGACGGGUUUCGCCAUAUGAGAUCAGUUGGUCGGUGUUUUGUGUGUCAAGUGAAGUGUUAGCUGUGUUGUAGCUCACAGGAAGUAUUUCAACAUGCAGACUGAAGCCGUGCUGGAGCAUCACAGCGGCUCACAGAGUUCCUGCAGGACGGGCUUCAAAUCUUGGCAGUACAGCGAUCUGAUGGAAAAGGUGGAUGGUUAUUUAAUGAAGUACACCAAUCUUGUGACUGGAUGGCAAUAUCGAUAUUUUGUCCUCAAUAAUGAAGCAGGGCUGCUAGAGUACUUUGUGAAUGAGCAGUCCAGAAAUCAGAAGCCCCGUGGCUCGCUGCCGUUAGCCGGUGCAGUGAUUUCACCCAGCGAUGAAGACUCGCACACCUUCUCCGUCAAUGCCAUCAGCGGAGAGCAAUACAAACUCAGAGCCACGGAUGCAAAGGAGCGACAGCACUGGGUCAGCCGCCUGCAGAUCUGUGCACAGCACCACACAGAGGCAAUGGGCAAGGUUAGAAUUACAACAAACCCACCACUCCAGACUCGCAGUCUCUCUAUGGCAUCUCAGGGCAGUGGCAGUUCUCCAGGAUCUCAGCAUAGGAUCAACCAGAACACGAAUGCUAUGUUAGGCCUGUCCCAGCUGCAGAGGGGCUCCUCUCUCUACUCCAGCAGGAAAUCCCUGCUGCCUGAUCACCUGCUAGAGGCCAGAGAGAUGAUAAGCCAGGCGCAGGGCCAGCACAGAGACCUGAUCCAGAGCAUUGAGGGUCUGCCCUCCUCUCAGGGUCCUUCUCCACUGGACCAAGACCUGUUGCUGCUGAAAGCCACCUCCCUGGCCACCAUGAAUUGCCUCAGCGACUGCCUGCAUAUCCUUCAGCUCCAGCAGGUGGCUCGACAGAAAGUUCCCUUUGGUGGCCCCGCCAUUGAGUGGCUGGAGCCAAAACUUCCCAACAUCCUGAAGAAUGGAGGGACACUGCCCAGCAUCACCAAAGCUGACGGUAAAACAGAGGGAACAGUUCUAGAACCGCUAGAAAUGGACUCUUGUGAUAUCGCCGGGGAGCAGGAGGAGAUUGAUACCACGCAGGAGGUGGAGGAGGACUCUUCGGCUGAAGAGGAGGAUCUGGGUGCUGUGGAAGAGGAGCGAAGUGUCAUUCUGCACCUCCUCUCUCAGCUGAAACUGGGCAUGGACCUCACAAGGGUGGUCCUCCCUACUUUUAUACUGGAGAAACGCUCCCUACUGGAAAUGUAUGCAGACUUCAUGUCUCAUCCGGACCUUUUCGUGGCCAUCACUGAUGGCACCAGCCCGAUGGACCGCAUGGUCCGAUUUGUGGAAUAUUACCUCACUUCUUUCCACGAAGGUCGCAAAGGUGCCAUUGCCAAGAAGCCCUACAACCCCAUCAUUGGAGAAACUUUCCACUGCUCUUGGAGAGUACCCAAAGCUACGACAUCUCCGACAGGGUUCCCGAAAGAGGGGACAUCAUUAACGUCAGACUGCUACAAUGUCCGCUUUGUGGCUGAGCAGGUUUCCCAUCAUCCACCUGUGUCAGGCUUCUAUGCCGAAUGUCCAGAGAGGCAGAUGUGUGUUAACACGCAUGUGUGGACCAAGAGCAAGUUCAUGGGCAUGUCCAUUGGUGUCUCUAUGAUUGGAGAAGGUAAUCUACACCUAUUGGAGCAUGGUGAAGAAUACACCUUUAGUCUGCCCUCUGCCUAUGCCCGCUCAAUCCUCACUGUGCCCUGGGUAGAACUGGGAGGAAAGGUCAAUGUCAACUGCGCAAAGACCGGCUACUCUGCAGUCAUCACCUUUCAGACAAAGCCUUUCUAUGGGGGCAAGCUGCACAGAGUGAUCGCGGAGGUCAAACACAACCCCACCAACACCGUAGUGUGCCGCGUGCAGGGAGAGUGGAAUGGCACUCUGGAGUUUAUCUACACCAGCGGAGAGACACGUGUCAUAGACGUUACCACCCUCCCCGUCACUAGAAAAAGAGUACGGCCAAAUGAGCUGCAAGGAGCCUACGAGUCCAGGAGACUUUGGCAGCAUGUGACAGAGUCUCUGAAGGAAAGGGAUAUGGACAAAGCCACAGAACACAAGCGCUUCCUGGAGGAAAGGCAGAGAAAAGAGGAAAGGCAUCGUGCAGAGGCAGAGACACCAUGGAGGACAAAAUACUUUGAGAGCAAUGGUGAGGGCUGGGUAUAUUACCAACCACUGUGGAAAACCACAGCCCAUAGCUCUUCCCCGGACCCCUCUCAGCCCAACCCAUGACCUCUGACCUGAGCACAGGCACUGUACAGCCUCCAGCUGUAGUAAACCCCUGGUCCAGCAUUUUCAUUCUCACAGAUCACUCUCCUUUGUAUGAUUCCUAAAACAUAACUUCAGUUCGAGUGUUUGUAAAUACGCUGUGUGGACUGCGGUUUGUAAUCUGUUGUUCAUAUUUUGCAUUCCUUGAUGGUAGAUUUUUGUAAAACUACACAGUGAAUGAUUUAUCCAAUCCUCACACGGACAUUCUUUGUUGAUGUUGCCUUAACGAUUGUCGUAUGUAACGAGGGCUGAGGACAAUGUGUGAUGGUUCUUACGUGGGAUUGUGUUUGAGAUUUAUUUAUGAACAUCUUGAAAACCAUACUGUGGGAUACUGUAUUUGAUCAAGGUACGGUCAACUUUUUCUCAUUCUUUUUAAGUCUUAUGUGACUUAUAAUGAUUUAUAUUAUAUCAAACUAAAUACAUGGCAGGGGGACUACAAAAGGACCGGCAUCUAGCUGUGUCACUAACUGGCGAGCUGUGAGUUGUUAUUGCUUAGUACAGCCAGACACAGUUAGAGUCUUAAUGAAUGAAAAGUUGCUGGCUUGGCUUUGGUAUUAUGCCGUGUUUUUCUCUUUCUCGCUCUGGUAUGUGAAGCUUGUAGGCACAAUACACUGAAUCUGUUGAUAUCUGGGUUGAACAUCGGUAUGAUCAGUGAGCUCAGGUAGAAGCCCUCUGUUUUGCUUGAUGUUCAAUGAACAAUUAUGUCCCUCCAAAAAAUAAAUUCCGCCAUUUACUCACCUUCAUGUCGUUUCACACCCAUAUGACUUUCUGUCUUCCCAGAAUUAUAAAGGGAGAUUUUAUGCAGAAUGGUUUGAACUGACAGCCUCAGUCACCAUUCACUGUCAUUGUAUGGGGAAAAAAAAAUGCAAUGAAAGUGAACACUGACAGUCCCUAACAUUCCAUCUAAAAUCUCCUUUAGUUUUCCAUGGAAAACAAUCAAGCGUGUUUUGGAACAACAUGAGGGUAAGUAAAUGAUGACAGAAUUUUCAUUUUUGGGUGAUCUAUCCCUUCGUAGAGCACCUAAAGUGUUCAAUCUAUAGAAAAGGGCCAGCUUUAUAAUCUUCUCUGUACAGUAAUAUGUGUAGACAAGCAAGCUGAUCAGUAUUAUUGGAAACUGGCUGUCUCAAACAUUACAUCAAACUGAUUUGUCAAAGUUGUGAAUCCUGUACAUUUUAUUGUGACUUUGCACAACAAUGCUACGCUCUGUUUCGCUCAUUGAAUUCUACCUCGACUGAAACAUUGAUGUUUAAAGGAAUAGUUCUCCCAAAAAUGAAAAUGUGGUCAUCAUUUACUUACCCUUAUGCUGUUCCGACCCCGUAUUAUAUCUUGUAACCAUGCGCAUUGUGGGAAGUUUGAAUAUACUGUACGUGACCACAAAUGAGAGCUAUGACAGAUGGUAAGAUUAUCCGUAAAUGACAUUUACAUUUCGGAGUGUUCAUCACACAAAGCUAUCGUAUGACUUCAGAAGAAUUCGAGCGCUGUUGUAUGGCCUACUUUUAUGAUGCUUUUUUUGUGUGUGUGUGUGUGGCCUUCUUGGAGCUUGAUGGUAGAAAUGACCAUCCAUGUUGCUUGUAUAAAACAGAGCUAAUUAGAUUUCCUGUGUUUCUCAAAGGAAAGAAACAGGAUUUUGGAACUACAUGAGGGUGAGUAAAUGAUGACAGAAUUUUCAUUUUCGGGUGAAUUCCAUUUAUAGGCAAUUGGAUGUGUUGAAAGCAACCGAGGGUUCAAGUUUUAGUUUGCUACUGAGGAGAUAAUUGAAAAAAAGAAAUGUGUGGUUUGAGCCAUAAAAGCCAGUAAAAUGUGAGGUUUAAAAAUGUCGACAUUUGAUUUUCUGCCAGCGGGUAACAGUUAGAGUGAUCUUGUGCUGGUUGAAGUUUUGCAUAGUCAUAUAACAUCUCUGCUUCAGCCCUGGCAAUGGUUGUGCUGAGAAACUUGUGGUGCCUUAUUUGUGUUAGUCUUCCUACCGUUCUACCACUCACACACCCGUCAGCUUUCUCAUUAAACAGAGUAAGAGAGAAGCCACAGCCGUUGUACAUAUCCUCUUUCUUUUUCCAGUCAGCAAAAUACAGAAAUCCCACAAGCUGUUUCAUACAUAUGUCAGCUGUACGCUUCACUCAAAAAAAGUAAUUUUGCUGAGCCAUCAACUGCACUGAUGUUUUAAAUACACUCCCUGUAGCCUCAGAAAAAAACUAUGAUUGAAAAAAUAAAUAAAAUUGUUAAUAUAUUGGAGAAUA